UUGUGCGGGGGAGCGGCGCGCGCUCGGCAGAACUGCGGGGUCCGCACCGGCACCGGCACAGCACCGGUACCGGCACUACCUCAGCGUCUUCCGCCGCCCGGGACACGCAGGGCCGGCCUUUGCACUGAAGCCAAGUGAAGCACCUCACAAUUGCACUGUACACCACUCAGCUGUGAUUCCUCUGGCAGCCAAACAUCUCUGUCACUGACACCUCGAGGGCUCUUUCUCCCCUCCCUGCCCAUCUCUCCUGUGUCUGUGCCUGGAAGCUGGUGCCCAGCAGUAGCUCUAUCUCCUUGUCCAUCCUGUUGGACUGCUCCCCACCAUGUUUCAGCGUCUCACCAGCCUCUUCUUCAGUGACAGCAACACACCAGAGGGCCUGGAGGAGCCCAAACCCUUUGUCGAGGAAGAGGAGGAGGAGGAUGGCUGGCUCAUAAUUGAUCUUGCAGGAAAAAAUCCAUUGCUGCAGCAAGCCCUGCUGGUGUCCCAGCGCUGUGGCUCAGCCUGUCCAAGCAGAGCCGUUUCCAUGUCGGAGCGGGGGUUCUGGCCGAGGCGCGGCGCGGGCCCGCGGGUAGCGGCGUGCUGGCGAGGAGCCCGGCCCCGACAGUGUGGGGAGCAGCCCCAUGGAGGACCUGCUCAUCGAGCACCCCAGCAUGUCCGUCUACGUCACCAGCACCCUCGAGGUGGAUGGGGAGGGCCCCGAGGACGAUGCUGCAGAGGACGUUGCGGAGCCGCGGCCGGAGCCGCCCGUGGCGCAGCGCGGCCGGGCGCUGGCGGUGAAGGCGGCGGCGCUGGACAAGGCGGGGCAGGCGCAGCGGGCGCAGCGGGCCAAGCAGCUGGCGGAGCGGCAGCGCCUGGCCCAGAAGGCGCUGCAGCGGCAGAACAGGGCCCGGCAGCGCCCGCCCCGCCGUGCCAAGCAGCUCCCGGGGGCCUUCGUCCACCAGCCCAGCCAGCGCCACUGCAACUACUGACCUCGCUCCGCCGCCCAGGGGCUCCCCCCGGCCGGCCCCGGCCCCGGGACCGGCCCUCACGGACACCGGGGACACGGCGGCGGCUUCACUCCACACCCCGCGCCCGCACGCCUGACCCGCACUCCUCAUCUUCCUCCUGUACCCUCACCGUGCCCCUCACCCUCGAUGCCGUCUGGGUCACGAUACCUCGGAGCCGCCGGCAUGGAGGGCCAUGCUACCCCUCCCCGGCUGCCUCGGCAGCCUUCACGCGGGAAAUCAGAAUUCCCCCUGAAAUCACCUCUUCCUGAAAUCCACCUGUUCCUGGUGAAACCUGUUUGUCCUGAUAAGCCUGUGACAUCAGUGCCUUUCCUCACAUCACGACUCCAUGUACAGCCUGGCUGGGAUGUCACAGAGACAUUGUGUGGAAGUGACAAGAGCAAUGAAGCCACAAGAUUUGUGAUUUUUAAGAAAAUCUCAUCAAUGACACUAAAUAAUGCUUCCGCCCUGCAAAACCAGCAAAUAUUCCUCUCCCUCCUUGAUUUCUUAGCUACAUUUUACCAUGAUAACAUAACGCCCCACUGCCAGUCCUGAAGGGGCUUGUGGUUGAAAGCGCUGGUGGAAUCUCCGUGGCUGAGUAAGCCAGGCAGCUCCUGGUGCCUCACGGUGUUUUUUUUUUUUUAAUCAACCUUAAAAUGAAUCUCAGGAAUCAAAGCACCGUCCCAGCGCCGUGCCAGAGCCCUUGCCUACCAUGCCAGGAGGGGUGGCCAGCCUGGGGUGGCAUCACUGUGGCUGGUGGUCCCAUCUGAGCGAGCCCUUUGGUCCUGGAGCCAGUCGCCUGCCCCAGCCACACCUGUAUCCCCAUGGGUACGCCUGUACAUGUGUGUGUAUAUUUCUCUCUGUACCUGUACACUCAGAAGAGCAUUGUAAAGCUGAGGGUUGCUGUCUGCCUGUUGUUAUCCCCAGGAGGGGAGAUGAGGCAGGGGUCUGCACAACUUCCCCGAGGUGGCCAAAGCACGUCCGUGGUGGUGGUGAAGAGAUGCUGAAGAGGAGGCCAGAGGGAAGAGGCUGAAAGUAAGGACAAAGAUGGAUCUGGUAGCUACUGCAAUGGGUUGGGAUGGGGCAGGCCUGAGUGAGAGGAUUGCUGUAACAGGAGCUGUGACAGAGGCAUCUUCUUUCCCCACUAAAAAUGGUAUCCUUUCCCGUGAAGGGCCAAAUUCCACUGCUAGGCAAUGCUAAUUUUUAAUGCCAAUCCCUCCCUCUCUCCAUGAUGGACUCCUUCUGUCUUUGGAAGAACAUGGUCCAGGUUUUUCACUGGCUCCAGCACCAGCUGAGACAGCUUCAAAUCCAGCAGAAAUUUGCUGAUCUGCCCCCAGUUCGCUCCUUUUAGGAACUGGUUUUGCACCCUGUGCCCUGGGAAAGCGUCCUGCUCAUGACCAGAUCACAGCCUGGAUUCCCACCCUCUGAGACAAGAAAUACCCCCACAACACUCCAGAAAAUUCUGAUUUUGCCAGAGGUUCUUCCACUCACCAUGUUGCAUCCCUUAAUAUCAGCUGGGGACCUCAGCUGAAAGAAUUGUGGUGAGCCCAAACUGAGACAGCUGAUAGUUAUUAAUUCUUUUAAUAAGAUUAAAGCCAAAAUGAACCUUCUUAGUCGCAAUAGCCCCUAGCUCCGGGCCAGGGAGCCUGGACCGUUGUAGCCAGCUGCUGCUGCUCACCUGCUGCAUUUCCCCUUCAUUCCACUGCCUCGGCUUUCCCAAAAGCGCAGAGCUGGGCAGCUGCAGAGUGGUGCAUCCCGAGAGGUGGAACUCCGUGCCCUCGCCAUGGCUCUGCCCUCCUCGGGCCUCACCACCUCCUCUGUCCCUCGCCCGACCUGAGACCACACCGAGAUCACCCUGCUGGUGAAGAGACUGAAAUCUCCUGACUCCAGGGGAGCGUUUACAUACUUUGGCUUCCUGGGCUUCACACUCAAUGCCUUUUUUGCCCCUGCAGUGAUGCCUGGGAUGGAGUGGGAGCAGGGCACGUGCAGGGACAGUGGCACAGGUGCUGUGGCAGCAGGCAGGGGCUGAGCCCGGGUGUCUGAUGGGUGCUGCCCUCCCAUCCCCGCUGGAGGCACCACUCUGUGGCCGCUGGCAGCAGCAUUGGAGGAAGCAUUUUCUCCCUGGCCCCAGCACACAUCAAGAUGGGGAGAAGCCAAGCACUGUCCAGCCCCCAGCUUGGUCUCCACUACAAAUUCUCCUGCUGCCAGUUCCUCUGGAGCACUCCAGAAAUCAGAGGCUGGCUGUGACCCCUCUGCCGCCUUGGCAGCUCCCAGAGGAACAGGCUGGGGGAGCAGUAGCCCUGAGGCAGAUCCUGCCAUGUCUCACCUGCCAGGCUCUCCCGUGCCUGCCCAAAUGCUGGAGAUGGUACCCCAGGAGAAAUCGUUAUGGAAAUCCUCCCGUGCACCCUUCUCAUCUGGUGUGAGCCAGCAGCCCUUGGCCGUGUUCCUGGGGGACUUGUCUCAGCCUGGCACUGCCACCAGCACCCAGCCCCCAGCCUCCAGUGCCCAUUUCAAACAGGUGAUCUUCUUCCUCUGUCCUGGUUUUCAGAAGCAAAUUCAAACUCUUUCUGUGCCAGUCUGAGAUGUCUUUCAUCACUCUGUGCCCAGCCAGCACAGGAGAUGAAGCAGAACUAUUACCAUGCUUUAUAUCCAGAGUAUGUUUAUAAAGAAUUAAUAAAUUAUUAAUAAUGUUUUCAUGAAGAAGUUAAUCCAGACCCUGAGCCUCUGGAGGGUCAGCAGAGUGCACAAACCACAGCAAAUGAGCUCCUGCAAGUCCCCUCUGUUGUUUGCACUCUUGCCGUCUAUUAAUACCUAACACUCACCUGCCAACCCUUGCAAGGCGACUGUCACUCCCAGUGUGACCCACCCUCCCUGUGUUCUGGUCAGCCUGUGCUUUGCAGAAGACCUGCAGUGUUCUGCUCCUGCCCAGCACCAAGCACAAGGCCUGGCCUGGUCCCAGGCAUCCUGCCCAGUGCUGCCAGAGCAAGAAAACCCCUUUUGACUGAGGAUUUUUGUCUCCUCAAAUUUAAAACAAAUGAAAGGUGCUUAAAAACUGAGAACUUCCUGUGUGUGCACCCGUUUGCAUGUGUAGAUAUUUCACAGCCCAGUGUGGGUGUUCAGUAGCUUGUUUUGGUUGAAGUUUUUAGGGGUUUGUUGGGGUUUUUUUUUGCACCCAGUAUUUGUGAUGCACUGUGUGGUGCUUCCAAUGGGAAGAUUCUGGUUUGCAGGGAGCUCUUGAGCUUGUCCUGCUGGACAGGUGGGGUGAAUUUUGCUUUCUUUUUUGUACUUGUGUAGGGGGAAACUACAGCAUGGACUCAGGGAGAAACCGAUCUGUUAGGGUCUUUAAAAUGUCUUUUCCCCAGGCUUCUCUGUUAGAAUGUGGGGUUUGGUUCUGGCAUGCUGCAGGGAUGUGGCCUCUGGCAGCACGUGGUGGUGACAGGAGCUGCAGGGUGCUCUGACACUCCUGUGUGAAAAAGAAAUUGUGGCCAUUCGUGAUGGGAUCAUUCCUGGGCUGCAGCCCCUCUGUUUGUUCAUGACCUGAAAAUUCACCUUUACAGGCGAAUGUGGCUGGUCCCUUUUUAGAUUGGCUUGUGAACAACCAAGUAUGGAUUUUCAGCACUGAGCCUCCUAGGGUUUGGGAAGUGCAGCAGGACUGUGUGUUAUGACCUGACCCACCACAGCACUGGGAUCAGGGGACAACCAGGAUGGGGAAGCCAUUGAAAUGAUCACCUGGGGAAAUGGUGAUGCAGGCAACUGAAAGAAAUUUCUGUAUUUCUUUCAAUGAAAGCAUAAAAAGGGGAAGAAUUCCCAGUGGAGAGGCCUGGGCAAAUCCCUGUUCUGUAAAUGCCAGCUUUGCUGGGCAGUGUGUCAGUGCUGGGCUCAGACACCUGAGCUGGCUCCAGCCCCAGCUCAGCUUCCCAGCCCCGUACUGGACUCGCAGGCUUGGGGGCAGCAGGGCACUGGGGCAGGCUGGGACAGUGCUCUCAGCAAUGGCUGGAGCUUGUGAGACCCUUAUAGAGGAAGAAUCUUUCCACCACUGAAGGGCCCGUGGCGCAGGGAUCUUCUCCAAGUAAGAUUUGCCUGGUUCUGCUCUGGCUGCCACAUCCCAGCGUGAGAGAUAUAUCCUCCAAGCGUGGUGGGAUCAGGAGGGACAGCCCUGCUGGAGAAGUGCCACCUUUUGGGCUGCACCAGGGCCCCCAGGCCUCCAAGGCUGUGCUUGCUGCACUGGCCAAACUUUGGCCACGGCACUCUCCGGACCCCUACACCAGCAGCCACAACAAAGUUCUCGCACCGAAUUCUGGCUCUGGCUUGGCACCACAGGGCUGGAGCGAUGCCAAGAGAGUAGGGGCAAAAGUCCUCCUCACCUGUUGCUCUGAAACUUGCACUCACAAAUGCUCUUUCUAAGAAACUCUGCUGCAAAAGCUUGGUCUGGAAGGAAAACGAUUCUUUCCAUGGGAGUCCACGCUUCCUUCUCAUUGUGCAGAACAUAAAUGCAUGGCUCAUCCCAAAGAUCACUGCUGUGGGAAUCUUCUCUCUUUUAAGGGUGUUUCUAAUCAAUAAUUUUACAUUUACAUCAUACUAGUUCUUUUUCCUCUUCUAUUCAGCCUUAACGGGGAGCAAAAUACCCACUUAAAUGUCUUACCACACCAGUAAGAAAAAAAAAAAGAAAAGAUAAAAAAAUACUCCAGUGAGGGUAUAGGCUUGAGUCCCACAGCUUUGCAGUUGCCCCUCUGGAUCAGUAUCAAUUAUAUUGCCCUGCAUAAAGUGGAAAUUAAAGUUAAUGUGAAUUUAUUGAAAAACAAGUGAGUCCCCAAAGAUCAAACAUCUAAUAAUUAGGAAACACUAAGAAGACAUAAGUCACCUCAAGUCAAGAGAAAUGGUUCUCAGCAUAUCUCAGAAGGCAGCACCGAGCCCCACUGCCCUGGGAAUGGCUGCUGGCAGUCCUCGAGUCUUCCCUGAGUCUCUGGGCCAGGAGGCCAUCCAUGUCCAGCUGGUGCCACAGGGACUCUCAAGCCACCAGGGAUUGUCAGCUGCCACCACUCCCAGCCUCCAGUUUGCUGCUCCUCCUUUGCUGCAUGCACUCAGCAAUAGCUGCUGGUGGCAGGAGGGAAGCAUCGGCACCCCAGCAUCCCCCCAGCUUCUCAGAGCUUCCCCCCCAAGCCCUUCUCCACCACUGGACUGUGGUGACCUCCUCAGCACAGCUGCUGGCAGGGACCAGAGCCUGAGGAGGGACAUCCAUGGCACUGGCAGCCCCCACUCCCAGGGGACUGCCACAGGCAGACCUACCAGGGACAGGAAUGGGCCUUAAAAGGGGAUGAUCCCCUCAGGGCUUUUUCUUCUUCAAAGUGAAGCUUCCCACCUCUCAGAUCUGCUCCAUACAAAGUCAGUAACCUCCUCUUGUCCUCAUGGGCUCCAUCCCUGUCCCAUUCCCAUCACUGGAGCAGCUGCCAUAAGUUGCCUGAAUGUGGCUGUAGGAGCUGGAUGCAGCAGUGGGAAGGGCUCUGCCUGCCUGAAGAAUCCCUUCUUAGCUGAGAGGUGUCCUCAGCCCCACUGGAGAUUCCACCUUCUCCUUGCUCAUCUCCAGGAUCCCGGAGCAUUCCCCAGCCAUGGGCUCUGGACAGCUGGACAUGCUUGGCCGGGAGGUCUCCCUGUUCCAUCAGCCUUUCUUUUUGCUUCUUGAAAACGUUUGUCAUUAACUAAACCCAUAACGCUCUCCCUUGGAGGAAUGAGGAUGACGAGGAUGAGCAGCUUUAUUUAACAGCAAAGGUGGCUUUUAUGUGUGAUCAUCUUUUCAGUUCUGUGCAGAGUGGUGACACCCAAGUGUGUCCCCUGUCACUCAUUCUGAGCUGAUACUCCUGGGCUGGCCAGGGGGUUGCUUUUCCAACUCCAUAUUUUUUACAGGGAUGCUGCCCCGUGCUCCAGAGCAUGAAAAGAGCUGCUAAGCUUUCACUAUGUUGCAGCUAAACCUAUGUUGUUGUUUCCUGAAAAUCCUUCUGCCUUCCACUCUGACCCUAUUUCAUUGCAUGGCGGGGGGAAGAUUUUAUUCUCUGCAAAUGGAGGGGAAAACAGCGCAGUAAAUUCUAAGUGUAGCUUAAAAAUGGGUUGCACAGUGGAGCCCAAGGCUCCUCUGCUCUUUCACAUUCACCUCAUGUACCCUUGCUGGGGAGCCGUGAGCAGCUGUGCCCAAGUCUCACUGAAUUCUUAUCCUCAGCAUUGUGCUUCAGGAAGUCUGGGGAUGAGGGAGCAGCACAAGGUGUAGCAGUAAACCAGUGAAAUUUCCUCUUGUGUCAGAACUGUCCUUCUACAGAGCCACUGAGCACUGCAAUAUUCUGUGUGUAUCCAUCCCUGGUACCUGCUUGUGAAACUCUUGCCCACACAUUACCCUCCCCCAAGUGGGACUGACUGACUGUACAUGUGCCUUCACCCUUUUUCAUGGUUUGGCAUCUUUUUUUAACACAAUUACAGAACUUGAAUAAAUCACUGAACUGCAGUUACAAGUCCUAUGCAAGAGGUGACCAGGGAGUCAGUUUUCAGUAUUUCUGUGUUUCUGUGUUGUUUUCAAAGUCACUGUGGGGUUUUUAAGAGAACCCCAACAGAAUGAAUGCCCUAGAAAUAUUUUUUUCCUUUUUUUUUUCUUUUUUUUUCUUUUUUUUU